UACUCCUUCGCGACCACAGGAGACCCAAUACAUUGAGAGCCAGAUAGCCGCCAGGCAAGCAAAAUUUUGCCAAAGCAUUAACUUAUAAAGAAACCAUGGCAGAGGCACGAGAAGGCGAAAUAAAAAUCGAUGGCAGCUUAAUGGAAGGGGGAGGUCAGAUAAUGAGGAAUUCAGUAACGUUCGCCUGUCUUCUAAACAGAGUAAUCAACGUAUACAACAUCAGAGCUGGUCGAUCUAACCCUGGUUUACGGCCACAACAUAUGACAGGUCUUCAGCUUGUUCGUGAUAUUUGUUGUGGAAAACUAGAAGGUGACUGCGUGGGAUCAUUUUCUAUAACCCUCAAUUCAUCCAAACUCCAAUCUGGGACAUUCAGUGCAAAUACCAAAACUGCCGGGAGUAUAUGCCUUCUGAUGCAAGUUGCUUUGCCUUGCCUCCUCUAUGCUCCAUCUGCAUCACAACUGAUUUUGAAGGGAGGCACUGAUGCAGAAAUGGCUCCACCUAUUGAUUAUAUGACUCAGGUGUUCAAGCCAGCCGCUGAAAAGCUAGGUGUGAAGUUUGAUUGCACCAUUAUUCGAAGGGGCUAUUUCCCUAAGGGUGGCGGUGAAGUGCUUGUCAAUGUUGAUGUUGUCAAGUCUCUAAAACCCGUGCAGCUUGUAGAGUUUGGCUCUCUUCUAAGAUUCACUGGAAAGGCGUGGGUAGCAGGAGUUAUACCGUAUAAGGUUGCGCAAACUAUGGCGCGUGAGGCCACUAAACUGAUCAAGCGAAGAUACCCGGAUACUCCUAUUAACAUAGACGCUGUCCAAGAGUCAAGGGACAAAGCCCAUGGCAAUGGAACUGGCAUUCAGGUGAUGGCUGAGACAACAACAGGAUGUAGAAUAGCAGUAUCGGCCCUCGGCAGAAAAGGUGUUCCAUCAGAGGAAGUUGCAUCAGACGCGGUGUCUGACCUGACGAGGAACCUGGACUCUGGUGGCUGCGUAGAUGAACAUUUGCAAGAUCAGCUGAUCAUUCUUAUGGCACUUGCCAACGGCAAGUCACGUGUCAAGACUGGACCGCUGACCAUGCAUACUAAGACGGCUAUUUAUGUGGCAGAAAGGAUAACUAAGGCUAGGUUUAAAGUCACUUCCUGCUCUGACGAAGGACAUGAUGCAAGUAUCAUAGAAUGCGACGGGAUAGGCUUGGUUAAUCAUUCUCUUUAGUUCCAGCUCAAUUUUAGAUAGCAUAAUUUAGCAUAAAAACACUAUCUUCUCAUAUUUAUAACAACAUAGCCUAAAAAAUAGCCUUA